UUGUUGUAUGUCUUUCGGGCUGUGUGGCCAUGUUCCAGAAGCAUUCUCUCCUGACGUUUCGCCCACAUCUAUGGCAGGCAUCCUCAGAGGUUGUGAGGUAUGGAGAAAACUAAGCAAAGAGGUUAAUAUAUAUCUGUGGAAAGUCUAGGGUGAGAGAGGUCAGUGUGAAUGUGUAGUUAAUCACUUAAAUUAGCAUUGAAAAGCUUAUCUGCUGUCUUCUUCCUGCCUCUGGGGCAUCCUUUGUUUAGAGUCGUUAACUGCCCUUGGUUGAUUCAUGUCUGGAAACCCUCUGUUUUCAGAGUAUUGCUUUUUAUUUACUGUUCUGAUUUUUGAGUUUUGUAAUACUGGUAGCCAGAUUUUGUUCAUUUUCAUGGUUUCUUCCUUUCUGUUGAAGUUGUCCACAUGCUUGUGGAUUUCAAUGGCUUCUCUGUGUAGUCUGACAUGAUAGUUGUUAGAAUGGUCCAGCAUUUUUGUGUUCUCAAAUAGUAUUCUGUGUCCAGGCUGGUUCAUCAAAUGCUCUGCUAUGGCUGAUUUCUCUGGUUGAAUUAGUCUGCAGUGCCUUUCAUGUUCUUUGACUCUUGUUUGGGCGCUGCGUUUGGUGGUCCCUAUGUAGACUUGUCCACAGCUGCAUGGUAUCCGGUAGACUCCUGCAGAAGAGAGAGGAUCCCUCUUGUCCUUCGCUGACCGUAGCAUUUGUUGGAUUUUCUUCGUGGGUUUGUAGAUAGUUUGUAGGUUGUGCUUCUUCAUCAGCUUCCCUAUGCGGUCAGUAGUUCCCUUGAUGUAUGGUAAGUACACCUUUCCUCUGGGUGGAUCUUUGUCUUGACUCUCAUGGCUUGUUCUUGGCCUUGCAGCUCUUCUGAUGUCUGUGGUGGAGUAUCCAUUGGCCUGUAGAGCCCAGUUUAGGUGGUUGAGUUCACCUUGGAGGAGGUGAGGUUCGCAGAUUCUUUGUGCACGGUCUGUCAGGGCUUUGAUUGUGCUCCUUUUUUGACUUGGGUGAUGGUUGGAGUUUUUGUAGUUCUGGCUACACAGCUACAAACCCACAUUGGGCUCACUGCACAUUAUAUCAAGGACUCUACACACUUUAUAGAAAAGAUCAGCAACCUCAAUCUAAGCACCAAGGACAUCCUGAUCAGCUUUGAUGUGGUGUCCCUUUUUACCAAAGUCCCAGUAGCUGACACCCUCACACUAAUCAAACAAAACUUCCCAGAAGACAUCACAGCCCUGUUUCACCAUUGCCUCACCACUAGCUACUUUCAGUGGGACACUGGAUUCUAUGAACAGAAGGAUGGAGUGGCCAUGGGGAGCCCUCUCAGCCCAGUAGUAGCAAAUUUCUAUAUGGAAUACUUUGAAAAACAGGCCCUAGAAACAGCACCAAAAAAGCCAACUGUUUGGUUCAGAUACGUAGAUGACACCUUCACGAUUUGGAGCCAUGGAGAGGAAGAACUCAGCAAGUUCCUGGACCAUCUUAACAGCAUCCACCCAAACAUCCAAUUCACCAUGGAAAAAGAAAAGGAAGGAAAACUGCCAUUUCUAGAUGUUCUGGUCAUCCGCAAACCCAAUCAACAAUUGGGCCACACAGUUUACAGAAAACCUACACACACAGAUAGAUACCUUCAUAAAAACUCCAACCAUCACCCAAGUCAAAAAAGGAGCACAAUCAAAGCCCUGACAGACCGUGCACAAAGAAUCUGCGAACCUCACCUCCUCCAAGGUGAACUCAACCACCUAAACUGGGCUCUACAGGCCAAUGGAUACUCCACCACAGACAUCAGAAGAGCUGCAAGGCCAAGAACAAGCCAUGAGAGUCAAGACAAAGAUCCACCCAGAGGAAAGGUGUACUUACCAUACAUCAAGGGAACUACUGACCGCAUAGGGAAGCUGAUGAAGAAGCACAACCUACAAACUAUCUACAAACCCACGAAGAAAAUCCAACAAAUGCUACGGUCAGCGAAGGACAAGAGGGAUCCUCUCUCUUCUGCAGGAGUCUACCGGAUACCAUGCAGCUGUGGACAAGUCUACAUAGGGACCACCAAACGCAGCGCCCAAACAAGAGUCAAAGAACAUGAAAGGCACUGCAGACUAAUUCAACCAGAGAAAUCAGCCAUAGCAGAGCAUUUGAUGAACCAGCCUGGACACAGAAUACUAUUUGAGAACACAAAAAUGCUGGACCAUUCUAACAACUAUCAUGUCAGACUACACAGAGAAGCCAUUGAAAUCCACAAGCAUGUGGACAACUUCAACAGAAAGGAAGAAACCAUGAAAAUGAACAAAAUCUGGCUACCAGUAUUACAAAACUCAAAAAUCAGAACAGUAAAUAAAAAAGCAAUACUCUGAAAACAGAGGGUUUCCAGACAUGAAUCAACCAAGGGCAGUUAACGACUCUAAACAAAGGAUGCCCCAGAGGCAGGAAGAAGACAGCAGAUAAGCUUUUCAAUGCUAAUUUAAGUGAUUAACUACACAUUCACACUGACCUCUCUCACCCUAGACUUUCCACAGAUAUAUAUUAACCUCUUUGCUUAGUUUUCUCCAUACCUCACAACCUCUGAGGAUGCCUGCCAUAGAUGUGGGCGAAACGUCAGGAGAGAAUGCUUCUGGAACAUGGCCACACAGCCCGAAAGACAUACAACAACCCUGUGAUCCCGGCCAUGAAAGCCUUCGA